ACCCACAUAGUACAUACACACACGUAGUGUGCAAACUCAGAUUGAUCAAACAAGUGUGUGUGUGUGUGUGAAUCUUGAACUUGUUUAAUGGCAGGAGAGUCUUCCUCAGAUCUAACCAUAAUUGUUCACAAAAACCCUUCUGAAUCUCAUCUUUCUGAACUCGGUAUCAAAUCUUGGCCCAAGUGGGGAUGCUCUCCCGGAAAGUACCAGUUGAAGUUUGAUGCACAAGAGACAUGUUAUCUACUCAGAGGCAAAGUGAAAGUCUACCGGAAAAACUCGUCGGAGGUGAUAUCGGAGUUCGGUGCCGGCGACCUUGUUAUCUUACCGGAGGGUCUGAGUUGCACCUGGGAUGUCUCGGUUGCCGUAGAUAAGCACUACAAGUUUGAAUCAACUACUUCUUCUUCUUCUUCUUCAUGAUAUAAUAAUAUAUUUUUAAUCUUUUUUUUCAUGUUUAUAAAUUAUAAUAGUUUAAAGUUUAAUAGUUUAAUUGGUAGUUGUAAUUAUUCCUAAUUAAGGGUCUCUCUCUUUAUCUCUAGAAA